AUGGCAAGAGCAUUGAUUGAGAUUAUGCUUGAAGCUUAUCAUGGCUUAUGUACAUGGAACUUAAUGCAAAAUUGCAUCAAACACUUAGGAAAUUUGACGAAAGGUGAAUCUCAUUUUCUUAGUGAUUUUAAGAAGUGUAUGUAUGAAUAUGAAAAUGAAGACCAAUUUGACGAAGGUUGGAGAAAUCUUUUAGCAACCUAUGAUGUUAAAGAAAACACUUGGUUGCAAAAAGUAUACACUAUAAAGGAUAAGUGGGUAUCAUGUUACAUGAAGAAAGUUUUCACAUUAGGAAUGAGAAGCACUCAACUUAGUGAAAGAGUGAAUGCAGGUAUUAAAGGAUUUAUGAAUGUGAACUUGGAUAUAAUCAAAUUUUUUAAGCGCUUUGAGCAUUUUGUAGAAGAAAAGCGAUAUAAUGAAUUAAAGUGUGAAUAUGAAGCGCGACAAAAAAUUUCAAGACUAAGGAACUCAUAUUCAAAAAUCUUGCAACAAGUAUCUGAGCUUUAUGCUCCUAGUAUUUUUUAUCAAUUCCAGCACGAGUAUGAGUUGUUUGAAAAUUGCUAUGUGAAAAGCAUUGAUAUGCAACCACCUUUAAUUGAUUGUGUUAUUGUCAUGGAAAGUAAUUUGGGCGAAUGUCGAUUGUCACUUGAUUUGGAUAAGAAUUCAAUUUGUUUCUCUUGUCGUAAGUUUGAGAGUUUUGACAUACUUUGUUGUCAUUGUUUAAGAGUUUCUAUUCAUAUGGAUGUCAAAUCAAUUCCAGAACAUUAUAACUUAAAAAGGUGGACAAAGUUAGCUAGAAGUGAGACUUCACGUAAUAUUGAUGUUAACUAUAUGGAAGAAGAUGUUGAUUUAUCCUAA